AUUGGCUGGAAACCCCUGGCCGUCGCUAAUCAUGACCAAAAUUCUUGUUGUUGUUUGUGUUUGUAAAUUUUCAUUUUGUAAAUAAAUAAAAAUUACAAAAAAUUGAUAAAAUUACUUUGGUUUCCGAAAAAAUGGUAUUUUUCGAGUGAUUUUCCUCAAUCUCGUGCUUUUUAAAAGUACAAAGAUCCUUACAUCACUCUUCCCAAACGCUGACAAUGGCUUGGUAAACGAACGCCAAUAAUUCUUCCUCAGGAAGAAAUUGGACUAGAUUUUCAUAUUGUGAUCAAUAUCAAUAUGAGAGAAUUACGUAAAGAUGUCGAGCCAACUUUGGAGUCACCUAAAGAAGAAUUAGUCGAUAAUAUUGAUGAAAUAAAAAUCGAAGAAGUUCUUAUGGGCUUAAAAGGACUUAAACAAGAAGAAGUAUUCUCAUUUCUAGGCAAAAAUAAUUUUACGCCUGCUGAAACAGAGGAGUGGUUGAAAAUGAUGACUUCUGCCGGAUUUGGUAAUUACGAUCAACUCGCCGGCGUUGACCCAGCUGACAUUGAACAACUUCAAUUAAAUUUCGACGGUAACUUCGACGGAUUUCAAGGAUCGAAUGGGCAUGUCAUGCCUAAUGGAAGCUUUAUGCAGAAAAAUGCUUCUAUAACCAAAGUAACCGAUACCAAAAUGAAAAUCAGACCGGAUAUCCUUCCUUCAAUUCAGAAAUCAUCAAUUUAUCAAACCGCCGUUGACAACUUUUGCGAUUGGUCAGCUCGCAGAGAAAGAGCGGAUGGUACUAAUGCUCAGAUCAAAUUACCCAGUCUGGAUUUCAGACGCACGUCGGCUGUUUGGCCAAAAUGUCCUGCAGCUCCUGUCACGUAUUCGUUGGCUGAUGGGUAUUUGGAGAAUUUAAGGGAAGAGGAAAUUGUAUCUACUCCUAUGACUGAAGUAUCUUCGGAUGUAAUCGAUACCAGUAAUUUAGAAGAGGAAUUCAAGUAUCCAGUUAACAAUACGUCUUAUGUUAUUCAAUCGGCGGAUAGCGUUGAACCUGUGGAAGUGGCCGACACACCGAAGCCGAUUAAAUUACGCAUCAAACGAGUGGAAAAUGAGGAAGAAGUUAGCACAACGAAUCUCGAUGCUGUAAAUGAUAAUGUUAGAGCCAAAUCAAAACGUAUUAGAAAUCCAUGUACAAAACGUAAAUUCAUUGAGACAUCACCUCCGCCCAAGAAGAAGAGAUGCACCAAGAAAUCGGAUGCGAGUAAAUCAAAAGAGAAAAACGAAUCCCCUUCGAUAUCAAAAAAGAAAACUGAACCUCUCGAAGAAUUCGAGUUCCCUUUCUCUACAACCGUUCAUCAAGAUGAUGAUUUUGUGUACCCAUCACUAGACCUAUCUGAUGAUGACGAAGAAGACAUAUACAGUUUCUCUCAAGGAGACGACGAAACGUGGACUCCUAAAAUCAAGAUGAAAAUUAACGAAGUGAAAACAUCACGACCUACUCGAGAUAGGAAAACGAAAAGCGCUGUUGCUAAGUGUCUGGAAGCUGCAGCGAUGAAACGAGCCGAUGGUGAUUCAAUGGAUGAAUCAAACAGACGAAAAAAAUGCGCUAAAAAAUGCCCCAAAAAGAAACUACCACCGGCUACAACAAUUCACAAAAAAACCGCUCCGUUUAUUCCAAUGUCGACCGACUCGAUCUUAUCUAUAGAUAGCGAUGUCACUGGUGACUUGGUCAUUGACGACAGUGUGACCAGCUCGAGUCGCAAUUACACGUUCAACAACCUGAACCCAGAAUACAACGUGCCUUCUACUUCUUCCACUAUGCAUUCAACGCCGUCCUCAUCGUACAGCAGUCACGAUCUAUUGAUUAAUUCGUCGACCGAUACCAGUCCCAAAUCAACCCCAAACAAAUCUAAACUUACCAAAAAAGGUAGACCUGUACAGAAAUUACCUCGAGCUAAGAAUAAAACCAAGCUAGUGCCGCCUAAAACGUGCAAACUGAUACAAACGCCUCCAGGCAACUCCUCCGCUUCUACUCCGGCCACUAACUCGGUGACUAAACAAAUUAAAAAGGACAGCGUGUGUAGUCCGUCGAGUAGCAGUUGUGCUGAGAAAAAGCACUCCAAUUCGUAUGUUACAAAGAGAGGUAAACCGAAAAAAGGAAUGGUGACGGCUAAACAACGUCUUGGCAAGAUAUUAAAAAUGCAUAAGAUGUUCUUUUAAACCAAUUUCAGUCGCAAGCCUUAUUUUACUUCGGACAUUUUUUUCUCUCUUUAUUUUUCAAAAUGGGUAAUUAAUGGCAACGUUUAAGUUUAAUUAAGUUUAAAUUCGUCUUUAUGCUUGGCCAUAUUUUCGUAUCUGUUUCUGCUUUUACCUUUCUGUCGUCAGUAAUUGUAUUUAACAAGGUGUUGCAGUAAUUGUAGGUACAAACUACAAAGAUGAGAUUUUCGGUGCGAUGAUAGAAUUUUGUUAUGUUUAUUUAGCUUAAAAACAAUUUAAAAUGAUGCAUUUAGAAGGAUGUAUUUAUCGUAAGUAUUAAUUUACUUAAUGUUUUUAGGAAGUAUGUUUAAUUUUAAUUUUUUUAUUUCAUGAUUGUUGCAGUUUCCUAUAUAUUGUUGAAGUAUUUAAUAGUAAUUUAUUUAAUUUUGACGCCUUGUACGUAGAAGUGCAUUUUUUCUUUGUUCAAAGUUUUUAUUUUGUUUUUCAAAUUUGCUGUAUUGUGUGUGUCUGUCUCUCUACUUAUUCUUCUUUAUUCUGUCUCAGUGUUACUAAUUUAUUUUUUUCUUUUCUAAUACCUUAUUACAUUUUUGUCAUAAUGGUUUAGAAAUGAUGAUGUACUUAAUUAUGACCUAUAUGCGGGUCAAAUACUUGAUUUUUUUUUAUAUUUCAACUUAUGUUUGCAUUUGAGUGUGUCUCAUUGUGUGUAUCUCAGUGUUUUAGUUUUAAGAUGUUUGUCGGCUCAGUGCGUUGAUCAGGAUGUUAAAGACGGUUUUUUUCAACUCUUUUUGAUCAGAUUAGUUGAGAAUUUUGAUUUUUUUUUUCAAUUUGGAUAAAAUUGGGUAAAGGUGGCUGGAGAUUGAUUAAAAUAUCAAUAUCCAUCUAUACGAACUCCGGCUGACUAGUUUCAUUUAAAAUUACUCCCAAAGAUGGUGCCAUAAUUUUAGGCUUUGUGAUUGCUUGAAGAAAAGUAUGCAAUUUCCUAUGGAACUAAAGAUUUGAAUGGAUGGAGAAUCCUCUCUAGAUCCUAGAAACCUGAAUUAUUCCUGAUCACAGCUUCACUCCUCACGUCCUCCGGCAAACGUUUAUUUUUUUCUCACUAUUUUAAAUAGUGCUUAGAAUUAAUUAAUUUAUCAACUCUGAAGUGAAAACACAUUUUUUAAAAAUGUUUUCGCUUUUCCUUAAGUAAUUAAUUUUUAAUUUCUUAUAUGUAUUUCAAAGCUUCGAAGAAGUUAGUUUAAUUUUGUUUUUCUUUCUAUCGUCGUAGACGUUUUAGAACGAUUGUUUACUGAAUUUGAAAAAAAUUCAUAUCUCGUCUACCAUUUUGGACGGGGCAAAAAAAAAGAAGAAAUCAAACAGUAUUAAAUUUUAAUGAUAUCGAUAUCAUUUACUUUAGGUAUUUAUUUUUUUCUCUCUAUUCACUUGUAUGUACAAGUACAUAUACUAUAAUUAGUGUGCUAAAUUUGAGUGUGUUCUUGUUUGUAUUUGUACUUUAAGUAUUUACUUGGAAAGUAAGUAAAGAUAUGAACAAAAAAAAAAGAAAUGACAAAAGUACUCUAUAAGAUAUUAAAAAUUUUACAUUAAGAAACCGCAGUGCAAUUUAGUUGAAUAAGUUGGCUAAUUUUUUAAGACUCAAUACCGCAAUACCGUAAAAAACUGAUUACUUUUGUACGCUUAAUUCAACAAGAGUCGUAUAUGUUUGCAUUUUUUUUCUCUUUUCAGAUGUGUAAGUUUAUUUUUUAUUAAUAUACUGUGUACUUUGAAAUCUA